CACCUCCGAGCCGCCGGAGGAGCCGCGCCGGCUAUCGCCCCGUCGCCGCGGACGCCGCUUCGAGCCCUCCGCGCGACGCGAGUAAAGGGAUGGCGCUCCUGCCACACCUUGCAUGCGUCGCUGCAGCGAGCGGUGCUCUGGCUGCGUACCGCUUCUUGCUCAUCUGGAUGGGCUCCAUAUCCGAGUACACGGACUACACAGCCGCGCAGCUGGGUGUCGCUGUGGCCUACGGGCUCGCCAUCGCCGCGUGGUUCGGCGUGGAGGUUGGGAUGUUCCUCUCUCCACGCCUCGGCUACGGUGGCGUGCCGAGUAGUGAGGACGCGGGGCUCAAAGGGAUAAAGGUGGCGAGCGAAUCGGGCGGCGAGGACGCGUCCGUGCUCACGACGGAGGACGAGUCGAGCAGGGACUCGAUCUCUCCACCCGAGCCGGUCGUAUUUGGCAUCAGAUCCUCGGGCCUGGCCGCCCUGCGUGCCGCCGCCGAGUUUUCCGCAAUCAUGGGGUACGUCUACCUGUGCGACCGGACGACGCUGUUCGCCAAGGGGCCAAAGACGGUGUCGCCGACGAUGUUCUGGGGCCUCUGCGCGGCCGUGCUCACCGUCGGACUCUGCACCCUCCGCCUCGCCGGCAAGAAGGGCGAGGUCGUGACGGCGCCGCUGCAGCGCGACCAGACAGAGGAGUGGAAGGGUUGGAUGCAGCUGCAGUUCAUCUUUUACCACUACUUUGCGGAGGGGGAGAUCUACAACGCGAUCCGCCUCUACAUCGCCGCCUACGUCUGGAUGACCGGCUUCGGCAACUUCUCCUAUUACUACAUCCGGAAGGACUUCACGCUGCCGCGCUUUAUGCAGAUGAUGUGGAGGCUCAACUUCUUCGUUGCCUUCGUGUGUGUCACGAUGAACAACGAGUACAUGCUGUACUACAUCGCUGCGAUGCACACCUUCUUCACGUGGGGCGUCUUCUUCACGUGCUGGAUCGGGUACCAGUACAACGACAACAACGCCGUCUGCCUCCUCAAGAUCGCAGCCGCGACGGGAGUCACGCACCCCGAGUUCACCGACUCGCUGCACGAGUGGUUCUUCCGCUCCGGCCUCGACCACUUCGUCUGGAUCUUCGGCAUGCUCUGCGCCUACUCCUUCCCGUGGUACGACCGCCAGCUGCAGGCGAUCGAGGACAUGCCUUCGGGCAAGCGGGCCCUCGCCAAGGCGGCGGUCAUCGGUGGCGCCCUCGCCGUCGGCGGCUGGUACGUGCACACCUACUUCCUCCGCCCGAAGCGCGAGUACAACAAGGUGCACCCGUACACGUCAUGGAUCCCGAUCGCCGUCUUCCUCGUGCUGCGCAACGCGACCGCGAGCCUGCGCGCCCGGUACAUGCACCUCUUCACCUGGUGCGGCAAGGUGACGCUCGAGACGUACAUCCUGCAGUUCCACAUCUGGAUGAAGUCGACCGGCAUCAACGGCUCGCCUAAGUUCCUCAUGGUCUGGCUGCCCUCCUUUUGGCUCAACAUGGCCGUCGUCUCGGCCGUCUACUUCGUGCUCUCGUACCGCGUCUUCAAGAUCACCGUCGUGCUGCGCGACGUCGCCGUCCCGAAGGACAACCGCGGCAUCUUCGUCAACAGCGUCAUCAUGGCGGUUGCGACGGCCGCCUUCUACGCGGUGGGCGUGGCGCUAAAGGGCUAGCCCAACAACUCGCAGGGCGGGCCGAGCGGCGCCACAGGCUGCCCUCGCACGUGUGCUGGCGAGCGCGAUGUCGAACGCCUCGCGAAGCGGAGAGUUGAGCCACCACGCGCCCCCCAGACGGCACUCGUCACACGUCAGAGAGGCAGGAUAGAGGGUGUGUGGAGGGCGGUCAAGUGACGGAAAAGCGGGGACGCGACCCACCUCGCCACAGACGCGGUCCCGCGCCUCUCGCCGCUAAGUCUAACUCUAAGACCACAGUGGCAGUGGCA